AUGUAUAAUCUCCCUUCCUCAGAUGAAGUUGGAGCAUUAGUAGUUGAAUAUUUUGAUACUUCAGAAAUUGGUAGAGAUAUCAUAGUAAAGAAAAAUUCUGGAGAUUUAAUGAGAAUACAUGAAACUCAUACAACUUUUAUACCAUUACAGUAUCCUUUAUUAUUUCCAUACGGAGAAGAUGGAUAUCAAGAAGAUAUUCCUAUCAGAGGAACUGAUCAUGGAGGCAAAAAUAGGAAAAGAUUGAGAAUUACUCUUAGAGAAUUUAUAGCAUUUAGAAUUCAACAGAGAAAUGUUGAAUUUGGAAAUAUAGUGAAUGGAGGAAAAUUAUAUCAACAAUUUUUAGUUGACACAUAUACUAUGAUAGAGUCUCAAAGAUUGUCUUUCAUAAGAAAUAAUAAAUCUUCAAUCAGGUCUGAAAUCUUAAAUUGCAUUGAAGAGGCUGUAAGUAUAGGUGAAACAGAUCCAUCAUCUGCUGGAAAACGUGUUAUAUUACCUGUUUCUUUCACUGGAAGUAUGAGAUAUCUAUUUAAUAACAACCAAGAUGCAAUGGCUAUCUGUAAAAAAGUUGGAUACCCUGAUCUUUUCAUUACAUUCACCUGCAACUCAGGUUGGGCAGAGAUAACAAGAUUCCUUGCUGCAAGAGGAUUAAAAGCUGAAGACAGAUCAAAUAUUUCAUGUAGAUUAUAUCUUUCCUCAUCUGAAGUUGUAUGGAGAAUCUUGGCAUUUGAUAUUCAUGAAAGAUGGCUUGCAGUUCAGAGGUUAAAUUUUCAUUUACCCAAUCAUCAAGUUGUUUUUUUUAGAGAUGAUGAAGGAAUAGAUGAUAUUUUUAACAAAAAUAAAGACAAAGAUACCAUGUUCAUAGCUUGGAUGGAAGCAAAUAAGGUGUAUCCAGAGGUUAAAGAGUUGACUUAUGCAGAGUUUCCUAAUAAGUUUAUUUUUUAUAGGGAGAAUUGUAAAUGGCAGCCAAGAAAGAAAGGUUUCUUAAUUGGCAGGCUUCAUUAUAUCCCUCCAAGGACAGGCGAGCUUUAUUAUCUAUGUUUGUUGUUAACAAUGCAGCGUGGUUGUUGUGAUUAUGAGAGUAUAAGAACUGUUAAUGGAGUUAUAUUGAACAAUUUUCAAGAAGCAUGCUACUCAUUAGGACUUCUAUGUGAUGACAAAGAAUUUGUUGAUGGAAUAAAGGAAGCAAAUGAGUUUUGUUUAGGACAUGAGCUACGAAAACUAUUUGUGACGUUAUUAAUGUGCAAUAUAAUGGUCAAACCAGAUUAUGUGUGGGAGAAAAUAGGGACGAUGCUAUCUGAUGAUAUUCUUUAUCAGCAAAGGAAGAAAAAUAGGAAUCUAGUUUGGUUGAAAAUAAGUUUAGCAGAUGAGCUCAAUUACAACACAAUUGAAUUGGCUGAACAACACUGUAGACUUCUAGAUUCUUUAACAAUGGAGCAAAAAGUUGUUUACCAUGAAAUCAUGAACUCAGUCUUAAAUAAAUCUGGUGAUUUUUUCUUCUUAUAUGGAUAUGAAGGAACAGGAAAAACAUACAUUUGGAAUACUCUAUCAGUAGCUCUUCGAUCUAAACGACUGAUUGUUCUCAAUGUGGCUUCAAGUGGUAUUGCUUCUUUACUUUUUCCUGGAGAAAGGAUAGCUCAUUCCAAAUUUUCAAUUCCAUUAAUGACUAAUAAUACAUCCACGUGUAAAAUCAAGCAAAGAAGUUUGAAAGCUGAUCUAUUAAUCAACACAAGUCUUAUCAUAUGGAAUGAAGCCAUCAUGCUUAAUAAAUUUUAUUUUGAAGCUCUAGAUCGUACAUUAAGAGAUCUAAUGAGAGUGAGAAAUUCAAAUAGUAUGAAUGAACCUUUCGGUGGAAAAGUUGUUGUAUUGGGAGGAGAUUUCAGACAAAUACUUCUGGUUAUUGCAAAAGGUAGUCGUGAAGAUGUUCUUUCAGUAACUGUGAACUCUUCUUAUCUAUGGGCUCAUUGCAAAGUGCUCAAGUUGACAAAAAAUAUGAGAUUAUCAACAUCAGUAGAAAACACUUCUGCUAUAAAUGAAACUAAGUUUUUUGCAGAUUGGAUUCUUCAAAUAGGCGAUGGACAAAUCGGAGUUCACUAUGAUGAAGAUUGUACAUUUGAAAUUCCAGAAGAGUUUCUCAUUCUUAAAAAGGAUAAUAGUCUUAUGCAUCUAGUAGAAUUUGCAUAUCCAAAUUUAGUCCAUAAUUGUGCUGAUUUUAAAUUCUUUGAACAGAGAGCAAUAUUAGCACCUACUUUAGAAAGUGUUGAGAAAGUAAAUGAAUUAAUUAUCUCUUUGAUGCCCGGAAAAGAAAGAGAAUAUUUAAGUUCUGAUUCAACUUGCUCAUCUGAUGAAAAUUCUGAAACAGAAGGUGAGUGGUUUACUACUGAAUUUUUGAAUGAAGUUAAGUGUUUAGGAAUUCCAAACCACAGAUUAAUUUUGAAGAUAUGUGUUCUAGUUAUGCUUUUGAGGAAUAUAGAUCAAGCAAAUGAAUUAUGCAAUAGAACUAGACUGAUUGUUAAUCAAUUGGAAAGAAACAUACUUGCAGCCACUGUUGUUAUGGGAAGAAAUAUUGGUGAUAAAGUAUUCAUCCCAAGAAUGAAUUUAGUUCUUUCAAAUUCUCGGUUACCUUUUAAGUUUCAAAGAAGACAAUUUUCAUUAGCUCUUUGUUUUGCAAUGACUAUUAAUAAGAGUUAA